UGUGGAGAAAAAGCAUUAUAUCUCUGCAUUUAUAUCUGUGCCCUAGAACGUGGUGUCCUGUUACAGGUAAACAAUAUAACCAUGCCCUGCUGCUAAAAAUAAGCGGCCUCUGAGUUCCUUAUCCCUGCCCACACUUCCUCACUGCUUUGCAGUGAUUGCGUAGUCACAGGCGUGACCUUUCACAUGGACUUUCUACAGUAAGCUUAAUCCUUCAGACAAGGAAUAGUCUUCCACACGGUCUCUCUCAGCACAAGAAACGGAGCAGGACCAAAAUCUGAAGACAGACUACCUCUACAGCUAAGUUUCACAAAAGUACAUCCUCAGAUAACCACCAUUCUUUGUCAGUAUCAAGACGGGAAGGAAGAGUUCAGUACAGGGGUGAGCGGAGUGGAUCGGGACAAUAAAGGUGUGAAAAAUAGAGGGAGCUGUGGGGAGCCACAGGCAGCAGCCAUGCUCUCUCCCAGGCCUCUGCUGUGUGCUGCCGUGUUUGCGCUCACAGCCCUCCACACCCUGGGCUCCGACACCUUCAUCGCCGCCGUCUACGAGCACGCAGUCAUCCUGCCAGAGGCCACCAGCAAGCCCGUCUCUCCUGAGGAUGCUCUGGCCCUGAUGAACAGAAACAUGGAUGUCUUGGAAGGGGCCAUCAAGGAAGCUGCGCAGCAGGGUGCCCACAUCAUCGUGACUCCCGAAGAUGGCAUUUACGGCUGGCGUUUCACGAGAGAAGCCAUCUACCCCUACCUGGAGGAUAUCCCGGAUCCAGCGGUGAGCUGGAUUCCCUGCACCGACCCCACAAGGUUUGGUCAUGCUCCAGUGCAGGAACGACUCAGCUGCAUGGCCAGGAAUAACUCCAUCUACGUGGUUGCAAACAUGGGGGACAAGAAGCCCUGUAACUCCAGUGAUCCUGGCUGCCCCAGCGACAGUCGCUAUCAGUACAAUACUGAUGUUGUCUUUGACCCAGAGGGGAAGCUAGUGGCUCGUUACCACAAGUAUAAUCUCUUUAUGGGAGAAAAUCAAUUUAGUUACCCAAAAGAGCCAGAAGCCGUCACCUUUGAGACCCCCUUUGGGAAGUUUGGCAUUUUCACUUGCUUUGACAUCCUUUUCCGUGAGCCUGCCGUGGUCCUGGUGAGCGAGUUGCAGGUGGACACCGUGCUCUUCCCGACGGCUUGGAUGAACGUCCUGCCAUUUCUGACCGCCGUUGAGUUUCACUCUGCCUGGGCUAUGGGCAUGGGUGUCAACUUCCUAGCUGCUAAUACACACUACACCCAUCUGUCUAUGACAGGGAGCGGUAUUUAUGCACCAGACGGAGCCAGAACGUACUACUACAAUAUGAAAACUGAGGAUGGUCACCUCCUCAUUGCUGAAGUAGAUUCACACCCUCGCCUUUCUCCGGCUUCCUUGCCUGCUGUCAACUGGAGUUCAUAUGCUUUGAGUGUCAAAACAUUUUCACCCAAUGGUCAUGAUUUUGAAGGACUCGUCUUCCAUGACCGAUUCACUUUCACUGAGCUCACUAAGCCUGAAGAGAAUCUCACUGUUUGCCAGAAAGAACUCUGCUGUCACUUGACCUACAAGAUGGUAGGGAAACAAGAUGAAGUUUAUGUGCUGGGUGCUUUAGAUAGGCUUCAUGUUGUUGAAGGACAAUACUAUCUGCAGAUAUGCACACUGCUCAAGUGCAAGAGCACAGAUCAGAACACGUGUGGGCAGCCAGUGGAGACGGCUCAGACCAAGUUUGAGAUGUUCUCCCUCAGUGGCACAUUUGGCACCAACUAUGUCUUUCCAGAAGUCUUGUAUAGCGGAGUGCAGCUGGCCCCUGGGGAGUUUGAGGUAUUGAAUGACGGCCGCUUGAUAAGUAAGACAAGACCAACAAAACCAGUCAUUACUGUGACACUUUUUGGACGGUGGUAUGAAAAAGAUCAUGUGAAACAAGACCCACAACCACCAGCCAUCCCAUGAUAUUACCAUGGCUGAAGCUGUAGAAUAUGAAUAUUACGUUCAAAUGAGAUGCAACAUUGUCUGCUACAAUCCCAAUUACAUUUCUUAUUUCCAGCUGCACAAACUCUUUAGCAAUAUGCUACCAUUUAUUGUGAAAUGUCUAUUUUAUAUAAUAAGAUUAGUCUUCCUUUAUUAGUGCAAAACAGCUGUUGUGUUUCUGUUUUCUGGAUUUUAAUUUUUCUAGCCCUCCGAAAACUUAUAUUGCAGUCUAAAGGAUACAUUCUUAUUAAAAUGACAUUGCAUAUUUUGUAGUUACAGAUCAUUAUGAGACCAGUAAAUAAAAGUGAAGGUGUGAUUUA